AUGAUAUACCCAGAGUGCAACACAGGACUCUCCAGACACAAAGAGCUACAGCGAGGAGGAGGCGCCGCGCGGGUCGGCCCGGCCGGGACUCAGAGACUGGAGGCGAGGCGCGGCGGGAGGCCUGGCCUGGCCUGGGCCGGAUGGUGGAAGAAGAGGGGCGGCCAGCGGAGCCCGCCCGCGGCUAGGGACGCCGGCCCAAGGGGGCGGCGGGCGCGGAGCGGAGACCCGUGGCAGACGGAACGGGUCCCGGGAGGGACGCACGGGCACUCCGAGGGGCAGCAGGGCCCGACGGCGGGCCCGGGGAGAUUCGGGAGGCACGGACGGCCUUUCGGAGGGGCAGGAGCGCACGGGGGCGCCGGGGCCAGAAGCGGGCGGACUGGAGGGCUUCGCCCCCACCGUCCAACAGGGGACCGCGCGGCGGGACUUUUGCUGGCUGCAGCUCAGUUUCUCAUUUUCGGAAACGGGAACCGAAGCGGGGAGGGGGAAGGGAGGGCGCUGCGCCCUCGAGGCAGCCUGAUCCCGAGCCCGGCUCACUCACCUCCCGGCCAGGGCCGGGCGCCCAGGGGUCGCGGCGGCCGGGGUCUGGCUCCCCGCGCGGCUCCCCUCGCGCGCGAGCCGCGGUCGGCGUGGGCCUGUCCAGGACGGGCCAGCGGCCCGGACGUGCGGCCCGGGUCUCGGCGCAGCGGCAGAACUCGGGGGUCCGCAGGGGAUCGGAGCUGCGGCCACCUCCCGCUCCCGCGCCGCAGCACACGGAAGUGCGAGGGGGCGGGGCGGGGCGGGGCGACCUCACCCAGGUGCCGAUUGGCCCCGCCCCCGAGGCCCGGCCCCGCCCCGCAGCUGGGGUGGGGGAUCCUGGAGUCUCGGUUGCCCUCUGCGCUGGUCACUAGGUCGCUUCUCUGUUCUGCUCUCUCCGGAACUGUUCCCACACACACCCUUACAAAGGAGCGCAAACCAGCCUUGGAGGGAACCCUGUUUUACAGAGUAGGACUCUGAGGCCGGGGUGGGGGUAGGGGUAGGGAUGCAUCCCCACCCUAGCGCCCUAGAGGCGCUGGCGGGGGUUCCCCGGCUCCUUACACCCACGCCUGGGACUCCCCACCGGCCAGCUGGCCGGCCUAGCCUGGUCUCACUCCCUCGCUUCCUGUUGGCUGGAGCGCAGACAGGGCCAGGCUCGCUGCCCGCCGCCACUCUUGCUGGUCCCUGCCCUGCCCAGUGACAUAGCUGGCAAUACUCCAGGGCUAGAAGCUCUAAUUGAGCUGCUGCAGCACUGUUUCUCAAGCAGUCCAAAUCCCAAGCACCAACUGGAAUCUAAGUGGUGUAUUGCCCUACCCCCUAAAGCUCAGAAAGCAAGGCCUUUCUACUUAUCCAAAGAAAUCACACUUGCCAGAAGACAAGAAGAAGGGUUCUAGAUCCCUGGCCUCAUGCGGGAGGCCUAAGGGAUGGGAGAGGGGCAGAACCCCUGAGUUGACCUGAACUGAGCCAGACAGGCCAUGACUUUGGUCUUCUCAAGCCACAGACAGUGGAAAGGUUACUGUCUUGGUCCAGCAAAGUCAGGGAAGACUUGAGCAUGCCCAUUUCAUGCAUGCACUACCGAGGUCCUGGCUAUGAGAGUCAUCCAUGGCACUGCAGCCUGCUCGCCAGCUGGGAAACUGAGAAGACUGGGAAGACGGGGCUGGAUGUGGAAUGAGAGAUAGGCAAUAAACCUAGAAAAGACACAUUGAUUGUUAUGAUAAGAACUAUAAUAUUUGUUAAAUAAGGAAGAUAGUGGAAAGAAGGGUUUACAGAAGACAUUGGAAAUCCCCCAGAAAUGCAAAGAUUAUUUCAUCUCCCCGGAUAGACCUACCUUCCCCAUUCUCACUACAUGUUAGAAAUUGUUCUUGCAGCACAGUCAGGCAGACUUUCUGAAGGAGGUGGCUAUGGAGCCCACAGAGACUGAGCAGAGCAGCUUGGAGCCCAGGACCACUUAAUCCUUGCGUUUGGAACUGGGAAGGGGAGAUCCAAGGUCCCUGACACAGACUUUGCCCAGUCUGCCAACAUCUCUUGGCAGGGCUGUGCGCAGGGGCAGUGGGCUGUGCCAGAGAAGUGGUAGGGCCAGUUAAACCAGCAGAACCUGAGUGCAGUACCAUGCAGCCAGCCACCUCGCCCCAAGUCCUCCGAGAUGUGAGAGGUCCAGGGCCACAAGGACAUUUGUGCUAAGCCACCCUGCCGGCUGCCUGCUGCCAUCAAGGCUUGCCCUUUGCUCAAGCUGUUCUUUGCCCCUGAAAUGCCUUUCAUCAAACUCUUAGCACCUAAACUCACCAAACAAAUUCCUGCAGGGAACCUGUGCUUCCCAGGAGCUCCAGCUCCCACUGUGCAGGGUUCUCUAAAGUAUGACUUGCAGAUAGUGCCUCAGACUGAGAACAGCUAGCAUGCAGCCUCUAUGCUGACUGGAAUGUGCCUGAAGCAAGUGCCAACUGCCUGUGCCUCAGCUUCCCCACCUGUAAAAUCCCUACCCCCUGGGUUGCCCUAAGGCUAGAGGAACAUGCUGGGCACAUAGGACACUAGUCUCCAUUCUCUCCUGACAGCGAGCUCCACUAAUGGUUAGCAGCUUUGGCAGGCAGAGGCAGAGGUUGCCAGGGAAGGACUCUCCUCAAGGAGGAAGUUUGCCCUCAGGGUGCUGCCCACAUCACCACCUUCACAUGUCUGGGCUCUGCCUCUGCCCACAUGCUUCUGUGGGCACAGGCUAUGGCUACUGUGGCCAUGGUGCCUAGGCAAAUGGCCAGAGUGCUGGGCUGGCCAAAAAGGAGAAAUGGUUUGCCUUAGGGCCAGAAAUACAGCCAGUUCCCAGGCCAGCCCCUCUGGGCCUGUAGGUGCAAGGCAAUCAGCCAGGAAAGUAUGGGGUAGGGAGGAGGCUAUAAUAUCUGCAUAAGGGUUAGAACUUGGAUCAAAGGCUUGGGGCUCAGGUGGGCCCAUGUAGAGUUGGGUCUUAGCCAACUUGUGACAUCCUGCCAUGGAAGCUUCCCCAGAAUGGGCUCUGGAACUGAGGCCCUGGCUGCAGGUACCAGACCAAAGAUCACAGGAGUCUUCAGGCACAGAGGAAAUCUAAGAUCUGUUUUGGGACAUUGUGAAAAAGGUAAACUAGCCUUUUAACUUGUCCUCAGGUUUCAGAUCAAGCAUGCCUGAGGAGUUCAUGCUGAUGUCUGCCUUAGCUCCCUGAUGGUGACAGAUGGCCCUGCUGGUCUCUCAUCUGAGUACAAGAUGGCCACCCUGUGUGUGGGUUGCUCCUUUCUCUGGGACGCAACUCUGGAGGCUGUGAGAGUGAGGAGGGAACCUAAAGGCAGCAUCUAUGGGUUUGAGCUGUGGGCUGUAGCAGUUGCAAUGGAAGGGUGCUACAAAGCCUGACUUUAGGUUCCUGAGGGUGCAGCAAGGUACCAGCUGGAGUGUACGCCUGACAGGGUGGCAGGUACUUGCAAGGCAGAGAGCAGCAGAAGUGAUCUGUCAUUCCAGUUCCUGAAGCCCCCACCUUUCAUACCACUCACACCAAGCCACUAAAAUCCAGAAGAGGAGGCCGCAAGGAAGCUUCCCCUGGGGCUAUCAAGAAGGCAGACAGCUGUCCAGCCACCGCCAGGGAGAGGGGGAGGGCUGAGUGAGGUUCACCGCUUAGCUGCAGCACAAAGGAAGUCUAAGGAAACCUUACCUCGGGGCUGGGGAUUUAGCUCAGCGACAUAAGUGCCUGCCCUGCAAGUAGGCAGUCAUGAGUUCGAUCCCUGGUACAGAUAAAAACGAAAAAGACAAAAAAAAAAAAAAAAAAAAAAAGAAACCUUACCUCAGGUAGAAGUCUUCCUCUGAGACAGGUAGGUUGUUCCAGUCCCAGGCUGGUUCCCGAAAGCCCUUCCUGGGCAGCCUCUGCCCCAGCCCAUGUUCAACCUCACCCCCUACAGUGGUCCCUGCCUCAGUCAGGCUCCAGCUCAUUGUGAAAGCUUGUAUGGAUCUCUGUCGCCUUGCUGCCUUGCCCUCCUCACCCUGAGUUUUCCAUUCAUUCAUUUGACUCCAUUGCUGCCCUGCUGGCCUCAGCUGCCAGAGUCUCUUGUCUGACCCUAUACAGCUCCCUCCAGGCAGCAUACCACUUCCCCACUCCUUACAGUUCUUUAUUGUCAGGUCUGCCAUGCUAUCCUCAAGUGUCAAAAACUGCUCCCUCCCCAACCUUGAGGCUGACCAUGAAUCUCUCAGGAUAAAGGCCAGAGGCUGGUAGUGGCACCAGCCCUGGCCUUCCCUCCCCUGCCAGCCUCUGAGCUCCAUCUAGAGGAGCUCCCUGCAGUCCCUGGAAGAUGGUACUCUGCAGUGCUUUCCCUCUGGGGCUUUGAGACUGAUUGAUACAUCAUGCCUAGAUAAUAUCUCCCUUGUCUUCUAGUGAGUCCUAGCUUAUCCAAGAAGGUAUGCCCUCCAUCCCACCGACAGUCCAAGGGCUCCUCACUUCCUCUGCCUCCUCACCUGUCCCUGUCCAGCCAUAAGGCUCCAGCCUAAUGCUCUACCUCAGCCUAGGUCUCUGAGGAAUCAAGAACACUGAGGACCAGGAAGAAGUGAGGACAGAGGAUGACCCGGGGAUCUUGGGAUGCUUUCGACAGCUCUUCCUGCUCUGAAUGUCUUGCUGGGAACUGGUACCACUGACAGUCCCCUAAGUUGCCUCACCUUGGGUUUCCUGGACUGUCAGCUCUUCCUCUGUCUGGGCCCCUGACUAUGUCCAUCUCUGAAGGAAACUUAGCAGUUGAGGGAUAGGCCCUGCUCCCUGGGCCUUGUCUGAUGGGGGUCCAGGUGGAUGUUGGUUGAAGCUUCUAGGAGAAGGGCCAACCAGUGACACUCCUGUUGAAUUGGGGAGAACCUGAAGACAUUUAAUGAGUGUGUGUGUUGGGGAAGUAGGUUGUGGCAGAAUCGAGGACCCAUGUGGACAUGCAAGCAGAGAUGCCAGGCAAGGGAUCACCAGGCUGGACUUUGCCCUGCCAUGCUCUGACUUGCUGCAGGAUCCUGGGAGGUCCCUGUCCCACUAGGCCUCCAUGGCUCUGCUACACAAGGGAAGUGAGUAACAACAGAUAGUAGAUUAUCACAAGGAUGAUCCUGGCUGCCCCUAGGGACAGGCUGAGCAGUUAAGAACAGCCUUGAGUUUGAUGCUCUAGGCAACCUGUAAAAUAAGAGCAGCCUCCAUUUAUAAAUGAGGCUCACAGAGGUGAACUCAAGGCUCUCUGCAGUUCAGGUGCCAGGGCUAGGCCCUCAGUCUGUGAGAGGCUACACUUCCAGGCUUUCAGAAAGAAUGCCUUGUGGCUUCAGAGUCAGGCGGCGCCUAGGCUGUAGACCUUCUUCCUGGCUCAGCCCUCACCAGCUGUGUGACCUCAGACAGGAAGCUCAGCUUCCCUGAAAGAUGAUGAGAGGAUAAAGAGUGGUCAUGAGGACUAAAUGAGAGAAUGAGGAGAAAGAAGGUUACUGCCUUGUCAUGCCACAGCUACCUCUUUCCAGUCGACAUCCGAGGGUCUGA